CAGCCUCGUCAGCGGUUCACUCCGCUCGACAACCUCGUCCUCGUCCUCCUCGUCGUCCUCCCUUGCUUCUUGUAAGGGCUGCAAUUACGUCCAGCAUACCUUGGCGAUGAGCGGCAGCACAUAUCGCCGUGUACCCACAGGGGAGAGUGGUCUGCCUGCUCCAUCCACAUCAGAAGGCCCACGCAGCGGCCUCAGCGCUCGAGGAGCAGCCGCCGCCUCUGCGUUAGCCAGUCCAUUGCUCAACAGAAUAGGUCAUUCACCGCGGAGAAGAUGGGCAGCACUAGCAGGAGCAGCUACACUGGUCGUCAUCCUCUUUCUCACACUCACGCCGUCGAGUGAAGAGGGGCCCUCUAGACUGCGGACCGCAGCCUGGGGUAACAAGAAUGCGAAUCCAUGGUUCAGACUAGGGGCCAAGGCACCUACAAAUGGGCAGUGGAAUGAUCAAGCCUUUGAGGCAGGUGGAUGGGUGCAGGGAAGUGGGAGGAAGAAUUUGACCUACGACUCGCCCUUUAAUCGAGAAGACUACUCGUUGACAGAGGACGAGUGCGAUGCCUUCUUCCCAGGCUUGUGGAAGGAGAUUGACAGAAGUGUCGAGUAUUUCACUACAAAGCAAAAAUUCGACAAGGAAUACCUCGAAUUCGUCUGCGACGAUGGCAUCUGGAGCAAUGCACGCGUAGUCAUCUACGAGAACCAAGUCUAUCUCAAGCACUACAAGCAGUCUGACUUCACUCGUUCCCAAGCCGCUCUGCACCUCCUUCACCUCUCGGUCAUGACCGCCCGCGAGAGAUUGCCCAACGUCGAGUUCUGCGUCAACUUGGUCGACUGGGGAUCCCGCGGCAAGUUUGGGCUUGACCGCAGUCCUGACUUGCAGGACGUCUGGCUCAUGCCAGACUAUGGUUGGUUCGCUUGGCCAGAGCAUGUAGGCUCGUACAAGGACUAUAGGCGACGAGCAGCAAAGGUGGAGCAGGAGGUUGGCUGGUCAGGAAAAGUGGACAAGCUCUUCUGGCGCGGCUCAAUGCGCGUAGGUACGGCAGACAGGGAAAGUAUGAAGCAGAUGUCAGACGGUCACGCCUGGAGCGACGUAGAGGAAGUACGUUGGGGGGAUGGAGCUACCAAUGCAGUCACCAUGGAGGAUCACUGUCGCUGGAAGUUCCACGGCUUCCCUGAGGGCAACACCUACUCUGGGCGACUGCGUUACUUGCAGAACUGCAGAGUGGUCAUCGUCACCCACCCGCCGAGAUGGAUUCAGCAUUGGACCCAUCUCUAUAAUGCUGACCCGAACUCGCCGGAUCAGAACAUCGUCUACGUGGACCCGCCUGCGCCAGAUGCUCCCUCCGUCCUCGUCCACGACGAGAAGGGCAAUGAGUUCCGCGACGCUACAUGGCACAAUCUGCCAGCAACGAUGGACUGGCUGCUCCGCAAUGACGAGCGAGCGAAGCUGAUUGCGGACAAUCAGUGGGACUUCUUCCGCGAGCGAUACAUUUCGCCUGCAUCUGCGACGUGUUACUGGAGGAAGCUGAUCAAAGGAUUUGCGAGCGUUCAGCUCUACGAUGUGGACUUGAGUGGGAGCGAGACACCGUAUGAGACUUGGUUGUUGGGAGGCCAUAGGCUGAAGGGCGAGAGUGGAAUGCAUUGAGGGAGCGAGAGGCGGGCAAGCAGCAAUUUCUCUUAUCGUCUGGGGCUCCUCAUAUCCAUCUUGAUUUCUUGUCACAGCUCGACGAGCCUACUUUUCCUCCUGCUGCGCUCUCGCUGGCUCUCGCUCUUCCCACAUCACACACAAAGACAUUACCGUAUUGCAGACAUUCCACUUUGUUCACUCUGAGAUCGCGGGAAGAAACGAUGAGGUAUCUGAAAUUCUCGAGACAAGAACGUAACGG